AUGGUUCAUCUAUCUCAAAUCCCUAACGUUGGAAACGUCGCUGCUCCUCUCGUCGAUGGCUUGAAGAAGCUUACAAUGGCUGCUUCAAGCGAUCAAGAUAAAUUCACAACCAGUGUUUAUGGUUCCAAGUUCGCUGCUGAGGAUCUUCCACGUCAUUCCAUGCCAGAGAAUGAAAUGCCAAAGGAGGUUGCAUAUCGUAUGAUCAAAGAUGAUCUCUCCCUUGACGGAAACCCAGUGCUCAACUUAGCUAGCUUUGUAACCACCUAUAUGGAAAAAGAAGUCGAAGAUCUGAUGAGCGAAUCCCUCUCAAAGAACUUCAUCGAUUACGAAGAAUACCCACAAUCCGCAGAUAUCCAGAAUCGAUGUGUUUCUAUGAUCGGUCGGCUCUUCAAUGCUCCUAUAACUGAAGAAGAUGAUAAUGCUAUUGGUACCUCUACGGUCGGUUCUUCCGAGGCUAUCAUGUUGGCAGUCUUGGCUAUGAAGAAGCGUUGGAAGAAUGCUCGUAUUGCUGCUGGAAAGUCAACCGAUAACCCAAACAUUGUCAUGUCUUCCGCUGUUCAGGUCUGCUGGGAGAAGGCAGCAAGAUAUUUCGAAAUUGAAGAGAAAUACGUUUUUUGCACAACAGAGAGAUACGUUAUUGAUCCCGAGGAGGCUGUCAAUUUGGUGGAUGAAAAUACUAUUGGUAUUUGUGUCAUUUUGGGUACAACAUAUACCGGAGAGUACGAGGAUGCCAAGGCUAUUAAUGAUCUUUUGAUCCAGAAGAACAUUGAUACUGUUAUUCACAUUGAUGCGGCCAGCGGUGGAUUUGUAGCACCAUUCGUUGUUCCAGAGCUGGAGUGGGAUUUCAGAUUAGAGAAGGUUGUUUCUAUCAACACCAGUGGUCACAAGUACGGUUUAGUUUAUCCGGGUGUAGGAUGGAUCGUUUGGAGAGCUCCAGAAUACUUGCCAAAGGAGUUGGUCUUCAACAUCAACUAUCUUGGUGCUGAUCAAGCUUCCUUUACUCUUAACUUCUCCAAGGGUGCUUCUCAAGUCAUCGGUCAAUACUAUCAACUCAUUCGUCUUGGUAAGCAGGGUUACCGUGCCAUCAUGGGUAAUUUGACAAGAACCGCCGACUACCUAUCCGAUUCCCUCGAGCAACUCGGAUUCAUCAUUAUGUCUCAAAAGAAUGGAGAAGGUCUCCCACUCGUUGCUUUCCGCAUUGACCCAAAGGCCGGUAAAGAAUGGGAUGAAUUUGCUCUAGCUUCUCAGCUUAGGCAACGUUCAUGGGUUGUUCCCGCAUACACCAUGGCACCCAACACGGAAAACCUGAAGUUGUUACGUGUAGUUGUCCGUGAGGAUUUCAGCAAGUCAAGAUGCGAGCAUCUGUUGGAUGACAUCAAGUUGUGCUGCGGUGUUUUGGAUGACAUGGAUAAGGAAACCAUCAAGAAGAAUCAGGAAUAUGUUAAGAUGCAUUCUACUCAUGUUCGAAAGAACCAGCAUAAUCAUCCUUCUUAUAAAAAAGAGAAGCAUAGUUUGCAGGGAAAGACUGGAAAGACUCACGCCAUCUGUUAA